UUGUUGAGAAGGAUGAGUCUUCGCUAUUUACUCAAUCGAAUCGAAACAAAUAUUGUCAGCGUUUUGUUUGCCGGGAAAGUUUGGUUUGCUUUUCAGGUACUGAGUAUUGAGUAUUAAUUUGCGAACCAUUCGUUGUAUCAAUUUCAGUAGAGAAAUAUCAGUAGAAAGAUCAGCAUCUGCUUUGGAAGAUUUGCAAGAUGGGAGAUUGUGGAAUUCUGAAUGUUCGGGAAUUCUAUCAGGAUUCAGUUAUCCUGAUUAGUGGAGCUUCUGGGUUCGUUGGACAAGUACUGCUGGAGAAAAUUUUAAGGAGCCUCAACCCUCGGAAAGUAUACGUCAUGAUAAGGUCAAAAAAGGACUCUAGUGCUGAUGAAAGACUUAUCAAAAUGUUCGAAGAUCCUCUAUUCAAUGCAGUGAAAACUCCUAAACUGAUGGAUAAAAUCAUACCGGUGGAAGUGAAUUUUGAUCAAACCGAAAACGUUAUUCCCGAAAUUAUGAUGAACGAAUUAUGUGACGAAGUGACUGUGGUAUUCAAUCUUCUAGCAUCAAUAAACUUUAAUGAACCCUUGGACUGUGCUUUAAAAGUUAACGUAGAUUACACAGAUCGAAUCUUGGAACUUGCGAAUCAAAUGAAACGGAUCAAAUCUGUGGUGCACAUCUCAACGUUCUAUUCAAAUUGUGAUAAAAAUGUAAUCGAAGAGCGAAUUUACGAAGAUAUCGGAUUUGGUGGCUGCGACAAUAUCAGAAACAUUCUUUCCAAGUUGGGUGAUUACGAAAAGGAAGUAAUGACGAAACAAUUUAUUGGAGGUCUCCCAAACACCUACACAUUCAGCAAAAAGUGCGCAGAAGUUUUGAUAAAGGAGAAAUUUACCUCACUUCCCAUUGGAAUAUUUCGACCACCUAUAGUCAGUUCCGCAUAUCGAGAACCACUUCCGGGCUGGAUAGACAACUUCAAUGGACCCUCCGGAAUGGUGGCUCCUCUAUCCGAAGGACUCUACAGUGCCGUUCGACUUGAUCCUGCCAAGAAACCGUUCAUCGUUCCUGUUGAUUACUGCGUCAAUGCUAUGCUUGUCUGCGCCGUAGACAUCACCUCGAAGCAAUCCAGCCGAAGUGUGGUUCCUGUCUACAACUAUACCGAAUCGGAAGGAGUUCGAAGUUGGGAUCAAAUUGUUAAAAAUAUGGUUCAAGGAUUACCUCUAAUGAAACGUAUUCUAGCAUCCUUUCUAACGGUAACCGUUACCAAAAACCGACUUCGCUACGCCUGGGCCAAAGCGAUUAUGAUGCUUCAGGGCCACCUUUUGGACGUUAUCCUACAAUUAAGAGGUCGCAAACCCAUGAUGGCGGCUAUCUUCGGGAAAAUGAUUUCCCUAAGUAGAGUUUUGGAAUUUUUCUGUCUCAACGAGUGGACCAUGCAUAACGAAAACACUCAUCGAUUACUCCGGUCUAUGAGCGAAGAAGAAUUGAAAAUAUUUCCUUUCGACUUGACAUCAGUCGAUUGGGAAGCAUACUAUAGGAAUUUUGUUUCCGGUGUUGUACAGUAUGCCAUCGAGCCUAGGAAGAAAAAGUUUGCGAUGAGUGAAAAUAAUGCAGUUGUCUAUCGGAGUAUUUGGCAUAUUCUAGAGCUGAAUAGAUGGCUAAAAACGAUUGCAAAUUUCCUGAAGAGUAUAAUUUUAAGACAUAGUAAAUAA